AGACCGUCUUGACAGCCUUACAGUGGAGAGAUCAUUUUGAAUUGCGAUACAAUAGCUCUUCAGAGACUGGAAGAUGUCGGUGGCAGAGGGAAAGGCACGAAGUUCGAUAGAGAAGUCAAAAAAGUGGAAUCUAUGGAAGCUGUUUCCUCACGUUUUUCUCAUACUUUCACUCGUCGGAUAUGCAGCCUUGGGAGCGGUGCUAUUCUGGUACAUAGAGGGAGGGCGUGUGUACAACACAGAAGGGGAAUAUCGUGAGUUUUUGGGUGAACUGGUGCGCACAAUUCAGAAUUAUCCAGUUAAUUCGUCCAGCAAUUCUACUCAAGAACAAGAUUUGGUAAAAGAACUAGAGAAAGAAAUCAACAGGGGGUUCAAGUCCAUAUGGCUUCAACGUCCAGAGCGAUGGACAUAUGAUGCGUCCUUGUUCUUCUGCUGUACUGUAUUCACAACGGUGGGUUAUGGAGAUAUCUAUCCGGUGACCCUGAAUGGUAAGGUGGUCUGUAUCCUGUAUGCCAUGGUGGGUAUCCCCCUCAUGCUCCUGGUCAUCACAGAUGUGGGAGACCUCAUGGCCGUGCUCCUGUCCAGGGCCUACAUCCACCUGCACAAUCUCUUCUGCAGGUUGCGUCAAUAUGGCCACUGGUUCCCCUCCCAUCACACAGAGAAGCCAGGGGACGGGGGCCAGGGGGGCCUCCAGGACGGAACCUACACAUUCAGCCACAAGGUGGUGGUCCGGGAGCCCAUCAACAUCCGACAGGUCCUUCACAGCCAGCAGUCUGUGAAGCGCAAGCCCAACCAGUUGCUGAACAACACAAAGAUCUUUGACUGCAUCAUUGCACGAGAGAACUUCAACAGGCAGAGCCCACUGGUGCGGAGCCUUUCUUGCCAUGAGCUGGACAGCAUGCUUCCCUUGCCCGAGGACUUUGCCAUCUGGGACUUCACAGGCAUCGGGGAGAGUAUGGACAAGCUAAACGUCCCGCUGCUCCUCAUCCUGGUGGUGGUGUUUGCCUACAUCCUGUUUGGAGGCCUCAUCCUGCCCCUGUGGGAGACAGAGUUCAACACCUUUGACGCCUACUACUUUUGCUUCAUCACCCUCACCACCAUCGGCUUCGGUGACAUCGUGCCCAACCACCCCAAGUACUUCAUGCUCACCUUCGUCUUCAUCAUCACAGGCAUGGCCAUCAUGUCCAUGGCCUUCAAGCUGGGCCAGUCACGCAUCGUCAGCUGUUACCGCCAGUGCAUGCGCUGUAUCAGCGGGGGGAAGGUGGAGAGGUAUGACAAUUUGGGAAGCGACUGAAUUGAAGAAGAGUUUUGGCCACCAUCGGGCAGCUCAAGAGUUCUAGGGUUAUAAGGCCCUGCACUGUGGGUCCAAAAAGCACUAAGAGUGGAGUUGAAGUUCUGUAUGGCUGACUUGGGAACAGUGUCUAGCUCAGGGCGAUGCAAAGAUAACCCUUGAGUUGACCCCUCAUCAUUAGCAUGAGCAAAUGAAAAUGUGCAUGUAGCCAAUGCUUAAAGACAUUCUCCAGUGAUUUAAAAAAAAUCCUGUUAAAGUGAUAUCCCAAGUAUAAAUACAGUAAAGUACACACACUCAACGGUAAAACCAAAACGUUUUGAGAAAAAUAGUGUUUUUUAGACACAAUUACAAACUUCAAGGAAUAGGGCAUUCAAGGAGUUGGUCUGAUGGGAAGUUGUGAUGUCAUCACCCUCCCUCCUUGCCUGAGGAACAAUAGAGGAACAUUAGAGAACAAAAGUGGAAAGGCUCACCCUCCUGUGAUAUGUCAUGACUCACCAUGACCACCUAUUGAGAUGUUCCUUUUGUUAAGUAAAUCAGGUAUUAGAUUAGGUUAAAACUAGACUGGAGUGCCACUUUAAGCAAAAUUGUGUGAUGUUAUCUGUGCGAGAUUCAUCUUACAUGUCUGUUGCCUGAAUAAACACUGGGUGUACAAAAACAUUAGGAACACCUUGCUAAUAUUGAGUUGCACCCACUUUUGCCCUCAAAACAGCCUCAAUUCGUCGGGGCAUGGACUCUACAAGUGUCACGUUCGUUAGAAUGAAUAUCGGACCAAGGCGCAGCGUAUGUUGAGUUCCACAUAUUUUAAUGAAAGUGAAACUAAGCAACGACAAAAACAAAUAAACAAUAAACUAACCGUGACUACAGAUAUGCUAUGUGCACUAACUCAAAACACAUACAUUCAAACAAUAUCCCAUGACCCACAGGUGGAAAAAUGCAACUUAAGUAUGAUCCCCAAUUAGAGACAAUGAUUACCAGCUGCUUCUACUUGGGAAUCAUACACAAACCCCAACAUAGAAAAUUAAACCUAGAACCGUACAUAGAAAUAAUAAACUAGACUAAAACUCCUAGUCACGCCCUGACCUACUCUACCAUAGAAAAUACAGGCUUUCUAUGGUCAGGACGUGACAACAAGGUGUCAAAAUCAUUCCACAGGGACGCUGGCCCAUGUUGACUCCAGUGCUUCCCACAGUAGUGUCAAGUUGGCUGGAUGUCCUGUGGGUGGUGGACCAUUCUUGAUACACACGGGAAACUGUUGAGUGUAAAAAACCCAGCAGGGUUGCAGUUCUUGACACACUCAAACCGGCGUGCCUGGCACCUACUACCACUUAAAUAUUUUGUCUUGCCCAUUCACCGUCUGAAUGUCACACAGACACAAUCCAUGUCUCAAUUGUCUCUAGGCUUAAAAAUUCAUAUUUAACCUGCUCCCCUUCAUCUACACUGAUUAAAGGGGAUUUAACCGGUGACGUCAAUAAGGGAUCAUAGCUUUCACCUGGGACAACGAUGAGAGAGCCUAUAGGGAUGAGGUCAGAGACAACAACCUCUCCCUCAACGUGAGCAAGACAAAGGAGAUGAUCGUGGACUACAGGAAAAGGAGGGCCAAACAUGCCCCCAUUCACAUCAACGAGGCUGUAGUGGAGCGGGUCGAGAGUUUCAAGUUCCUUGGUGUCCACAUCAUCAACAAACUAUCAUGGUCCAAACACACCAAGAAAGUCGUGAAGUAGGCACGACAACGUCUUUUCCCCCUCAUGAGACUGAAAAGAUUUGGCAUGGGUCCCCAGAUCCACAAAAAGUUAUACAGCUGCACCAUUGAGAGCAUCCUGACUGGUUGCGUCACCGCCUGGUAUGGCAACUGCUCGGCAUCUAACCGUUAGGCGCUACAGAGUGUAGUGUGUACGGCCCAGUACAUCACUGGGGCCAAGCUUCCUGCCAUCCAGGACCUAUAUACUAAGCGGUGUCAGGGGAAGGACCAAGAAUUGUCAAAGACUCCAGUCACCCAAGUCAUAGACUGUUCUCUCUGCUACCGCACGGCAAGCAGUACCGGAGCACCAAGUCUAGGUCCAAAAGGCUCCUUAACAGCUUCUACCCCCAAGCAAUAAGACUGCUGAACAGUUAAUCAAAUGGCCACCCGGACUAUUUGCAUUGACCCCCCCCCCCCACUUUGUUUUUACACUGCUGCUACUCGCUGUUUAUUUUCUAUGCAUAGUCACUUUACCCCUACCUACAUGUACAAAUUACCUUGACUAACCUGUACCCCAGCACAUUGACUUGGUACCGGUACACAGCCUUGUUAUUGUUAUUUUGUUUUACUUUUUAUUUUUACUUUAGUUUAUUUGGUAAAUAUUUUCUUAACUCUUGCUUGAACUGCGUUGUUGGUUAAGGGCUUGUAAGUAAGCAUGUCACAGUAAGGUCUACACCUGUUGUAUUCAGCAUAUGUGACAGAUACAAUUUGAUUUGAUUGAACUGGUCUGUUUAUUUCAUGGAAAGAGCAGGUGUUCUGAAUGUUUGUACACUCAAUGCAGUGGUGAUUUUAGCAUGUAAAUCUUUUUGGGGCAAACUCAACCAACUUUUGUAGAUGCAUGCCAGCAAAGCCACUCACAUGUUAUUAUUUUAUUAGGCCUAUGUGGUCUGAAAAGGAAGGAAAAUACAAUAACUGUCACGAUCAUCGGAAGAACAUUCGGACCAAGGCGCAGCAUGAUAUGGGUUCCAAAUCUUUUAUUUUGUGAAACGCACAAAAACAAUAACGAAUAAACGAAACGUUCUGGAGUGCUCACAGGCAACAACACAAAAACAAGAUCCCACAAAACACAGUGGGGAAAUGGCUGCCUAAAUAUGAUCCCCAAUCAGAGACAACGAUAAACAGCUGCCUCUGAUUGGGAACCAUACCAGGCCAACAUAGAAAUAGACAACCUAGAUAGGAACAACCCCCUAGUCACACCCCGACCUAACCAAAGUAGAAAAAAGGCUCUCUAUGGUCAGGGCGUGACAAUAACGAGGAUACACUUUUACAGAAAAUAUGUAAUACAUAAUACAUUAUAUAGUAUCCUCUCCUCGUGAAGAAAAGCACGAGCUAAUUAUAAUACACAAAGUAAGAAAAACAAUGAAAUCAUUCCAACAUUGCCAAAAAAUGAUGAAUGACACUAUGGAGCGAAUGGAAUGGCAUCAAACACAUGGGAAACAUGUGUUUGAUGUAUUUGAUACCACUCCAACUAUUCCAUUCUGCCAUUACCACGAGCCCGUCCUCCCCAAUUAAGGUGCCACCAACCUCCUGUGAUGUGUAUAUUUAUCCAAAGAGUUACUUAUAUUAUCAAUGGUAUGCAUGUUGUCUUCAGUUCAACCUGUUGUUCCACUACUCUAUCUUUGAUUUAGGAUAGGGACAUCCCAGAUUUGACUGAAGCUGCAAUGACUUGCUUUGGUGAGUCUUUGUUGAAGUUGUGAAAUAAGUGCACAAUAAAGCGUGCACCUGCAUUUCUCAGUGCCUUCUCUAUAGGGACUAAUGUGGUAGCAGUUUAUAUAUAAAAAAAAUAUAUGGUCAUUGUAUUUACCUUGUAUUUAUUAUCAAUGCAUUUUUUCUGGUAUUUACUUAAUUUAACACAAUUAGGCUAGUAACUAUAGUACCUGGUACCAAAUGGUUAUUAUUGUGUAAUUAUCAUUUAUCAUGUAUAAAUUCUUGGUAAUGUAAAAUUAAGUAUUACUGUCACACCCUGGCCUCUGUUAUAUUGAUUUUCUUUAUUAGUUUAGUUAGGUCAGGGUGUGACAUGGGAUGUUUGUGUGUUUUGUCUAGUUUAGGGUGUGUGUAUUGUUUAGGGGGUUGUGUAUAGUGUAUGGGGUUGUGUUCAGUAGAGAGGUUUAGGAAAGUCUAUGGUUGCCUGGUUUGGUUCUCAAUCAGAGACAGCUGUUUAUUGUUGUCUCUGAUUGGGAGCCAUAUUUAAGGCAGCCAUAGGCUUUUAGGUGAUUGUGGGUAAUUGUCUAUGUUCUAUGUGUGCACUUAGUUCGUUUUAGCUUCACUUUUGUUCGUUUAAUAAGUGUUUGUUUUUUCUUCAUUAAAAGAUGUCUUUUUUCCACGCUGCGCCUUGGUCCACUCAUUCGUCUCAUAACGAUCGUGACAAUUACCAAUCCCAAAAAUUGAACUUGCCUUCUGUGUUCAUUGAGCUAGUAUUUGACUGUGUGCAUUGUAUGUGCCAGUAACUAUUAACAUGUAUACGGUAGUUUACUUAAAUUGUUUGUUUAAAAUUGUAAUGGAGAAGAGAUGACAUAUUCUCUGAAAUAUGUUAUCUUAAUCACCCUGCAUGUAUAAGCUCAUGCUGUCUCCAGCCAACUGUAUAUCCUGCUUUCACACCACCAU